UAAAAAGAAACAGAACGAAGGAACAUCAAAAGAAAUCUUUAGCUUGAAAAUGGCGGCAUUGGCAAUAAAGAGGGCGAUAGCGUUUAGAAUCUGCAAAUCUUACCACCUAAAUAAUCUGUUGUGUAAUAACAUUUAUAAUCCUUUCUUUUCGAAUUCGCCGCCUUACAGAACCACCACCAGUUUGUUUGAUGUCAUACGCAAGGCAUUUGAUCCGGCACCUGCAUUUAGACCAGUCUAUGUAUUUAAAGGGCCUUCCAUUAGUGGACGUCGUUGGAUUCACUUUGGUCCAACGCUGAAUAAUGUUGACAAAGAUGGAGAGUCGCCACUGCAAUCUGGACAAAGCACAGUUCUUGAAGGUUCAGGUGGUAUGAAAGUAAAGAGGAAAAAGUUAAAAGGAAAACGAGCAGUUGUAAGGUGGCUAAAGUUCUUCAGGUGGAAAAAGAAGAAAGAAUAUGAAAGAAUGACAGUAGAAGAAAAACUUCUAUACAAGCUAAAUAAGGCUCGAAAGAAGGAGGAAAGAUAUGUUCAAGCAUUGGAGAAGGUUGAACCUAAGGAAUCAUCAGAAACAACUCACGAUCCUGAGAUAUUGACUCCAGAAGAGCACUUUUUCUUCUUAAAGAUGGGCCUCAAGGGCAAGAAUUAUGUACCGAUUGGAAGGCGGGGAAUAUACCAAGGUGUAAUUCUUAAUAUGCACUUGCACUGGAAGAAGCAUCAAACGGUACAAGUAGAGGUUAAGACGUUCUCGCCGGAGGAAGUCAAGGAGAUUGCUGCUGAGCUAGCUCGUUUAACCGGAGGAAUUGUGCUAGACAUUCAUGAAGAGAACACAAUAAUCAUGUACAGAGGGAAGAAUUAUUCUCAGCCACCAACAGAGAUAAUGUCACCCCGUGUCACUCUGUCACGAAAGAAGGCUUUGGAUAAAUCAAAGUACAGAGAUGGCCUUAGGGCAGUCAGGAAACAUAUUCCUAGACUGGAACAAGACAUUGAGUUGCUUCAAGCACAAGGUAGAGGAAAACCUGAAAGUGGUACUCUCUCUGCCGCAGAAGUUACGAAUGCCGACAUUGAUGCGGAAUCUGGAGUCAUGUCGAGUAUUUCUUUGGAGAAUUCAGAAAAAUUAAAAGAAAUUAUGGAGGGUGGAGAAGAAUGUGGUGAUGAGGAAUCUCCUACAGAUUUGGGAAUGGUUUCAGAUUCAGAAGAUUUAUCGGAUAUUUUUGAGACAGAUUCUGAUACAGAGACUCGAGAUGAAGCAAAACGUCCUCUUUAUAUGGAUGAGUUCGAGAAGUUCCCGACUCAAGAUAAUGGAGAACCUGAAGACUUUGAGGAGCAGUUACGCCAACUAUCUAUGGACUCCAGAAAAGGCCGGUCAUCUGAAAAAGAUGCAGGCAUACCCACCUUCGAUGAGGUUGACCGCUUGUUUCUUCGUGCUGCCUCUCUUCUAAAAAAACAGAACAGAUAGGAAAUGUUGGAAGGUUAGAAUGUUGAUUAGACAUUAAAUUGUGUUUGUUUGCUCGCAAUUGGUAUGAUCAGAGUAGUACUUUAGGCAAUAUUAUUAUAUCUGAUUAAAUUUACAUUUUGAGGUUCCGUUUCUGUUUCAGGUAACACUUUUAAAACUCCAAAACUUAAUUGUAAUUUAUUCUUAGAAA